CGCAAAUCAUGCCGCAAACUGACAGUAGGUGUCGCAAAGUUGUAUGUGGAGUACGGGAAGCGUGGAUAUCGGGCGCGAGCGAAGGGAUUAAUGCUCUUUAGAGACACCGUCGUCAACAAAAAAAUAACAGGGACCAUCAUAUUGAGAGGAAGAGGACCUUGAGGAUGUUUAAAAAAUUUGACGAGAAGGAAAAUGUGUCCAACUGUAUCCAGCUGAAGACCUCAGUUAUCAAAGGCAUUAAAAACCAGCUGCUGGAGCAGUUCCCCGACAUCGACUCAUGGCUCAACCAAAUCAUGCCAAAGAAGGACCCGGUCAAAAUAGUGCGAUGCCAUGAACACAUUGAAAUCUUAACAGUAAAUGGAGAACUGCUUUUCUUCAGACAGAGGGAAGGACCUUUCUACCCCACACUCAGACUGCUCCACAAGUAUCCAUUCAUUCUUCCUCAUCAGCAAGUAGACAAAGGGGCCAUCAAAUUUGUCCUCAGCGGAGCCAAUAUCAUGUGCCCAGGGCUCACUUCACCUGGGGCAAAACUUUACCCAGCUGCUGCAGACACGAUAGUUGCCAUUAUGGCAGAAGGAAAGCAACAUGCGCUCUGUGUUGGUGUGAUGAAAAUGUCAGCAGAAGACAUAGAGAAGGUCAAUAAGGGCAUUGGAAUUGAAAAUGUUCACUAUCUGAACGAUGGAUUAUGGCAUAUGAAGACGUACAAGUGAAGACCCCUCCCCAAAUCUCCUCUGCACAGCUGAAGCUGUGGGAGGGGCCUUCAUGUUGGCUGACUGCUAUUUUGCAUCUACAGAAUUACUCAUGUAACCGUCUGUAUCUUUGAUUUGAUCCUAACAUAAUGCUCAAUAAAGUUCUGCAUUUAGAUCAUAA